UUUUUCGCGUUAAGGGACUGCGGCUUUAUGAUUGAGCGUCUAUUUGGUUAGCUGCUUUUAAUAAACAUACUUUGUAUUUAUUAGAAUAAUUGUAUCAAUAUGUGGUUUUAACUGACUAUCCUUUGAUCAGCAGUCACUUAUUUACCUACUUGCUCCUUUCAACCAUUGUGGGACAACGUUCUUACCACUGGACAUUCACACAGCCAUUAUUCAAUAAAUUUAAGGCUCUGAAUCACUAAAAUGGCACAAAUAUAACGAUGGUUGUGUAUAUUUAUAUAUCUGUCGGAGUUUCACUCAAAGAAACAGUAAUUUGUAUAUUAAAUCGAAUGAAACGAAGCAUCAUUUGUGAUAAGUAGUGAUAACUUUUGAACCAAUAGUAACAACUGAUGAAUUGCAGCUGCUGUUCACAAACUCAAGUUGAAAAUAUUGGUCCUGCUGUGUCUGUACUCGAAGAAAACGUUGAAGAUGGCGAUAUAUUACAAGAAAUUGGAAAUGCUCAAUACACACUGGAGUUUCUUCGUCAAGUUAUUCAACAAUCAACUAGGGUUAUUGAUGAAGCACCUCCAGCCUACGAAGAUUUUGAUAAAUAUCCUAGAUUAAGUAAAUAUCAGACCUCGUUUAAAAACUUAACUCCUGUUAAACCAUGUACACAACAACCUCGACAAUCUUCACAGCUUGAUUCUGAUCAGUUUGUGAACUCAUCAACAGUCUCAUGGAUAGAACCAUUUCCGAAACCACAAGGUGAUCCACCACCUGCCUUUUACAACUGGCUUCGUAGUCGAUUUGGUUCUUUACGUCAAAGCAUUAUGAGCCGUUUAUCAGGUCGAAGUAACCAAUUACAAGGCUCUUCGGUUUUCAGCAUACAUACUGAUUCUAAUUCUCCAGUUUUAUCAACUAUCAAUAUUCCUAGACCUUUCAUUCAUCCGGAACCAUCAAACUCAGUGCCCCCUGCACAAUCAUCUGACGCAGUAGAACCAAAGCCUUUGGAAUUAAAUGAUUCUAAAAUGACACGUUCGUCAUCGUCAUCAUCAUCUUUACAAUCCAGUGCAUCAUCAAUAGUUUGUGCAACUGAUGAACAGACUAUGAUAGGAGUAUCUACCAUAUCAUUAAAUUGUAACAGUAAUCAAAUAUCAGAUUCUAGUUGUACAAAUGUACCUCAGAAAACUUUGAUAGUACGUGAAUUUGACAUAGAAGAAACGGAAUCACAAAAUGAUAGUUACGAUGUUGAUACUAACGAAAUCAAUCAGUCUACGACCCAUUCAUGAAUAAAAUUUUAUUGGUCACAAAAUAUGAUCAACUAUAAAUAAAUUGUAUGACUUAUUACAUAAUCCAGCAUAAUUAUACAUCACGAUAUUUGCUAACGGAUAUUUCACUGCUCACAGUGUAAUCGUCAUGUAAAUAAUAUCAAGUUCAUAUAUCUAUUUUCCGAUACGUUUACAUUCAAUAGUCGUUUACAAUUAUUAUUAUUAUUAUUAUUAUUAUUAUUAUUAUUAUUAUUAUUAUUAUUAUUAUUAUAUUUCAACAAUAUUAACUUUGAACAUUCAUCUUCUUCCUUUUACUAUUGUGUCUAAUAUGGUCAUUUGUAUUGCUUCAUUUCCAAUUAUUACUUCCUUUCUUUGACCUAAUUGUUUGUUAUUGCAAACCUUUUCUUGGUAGUUUUCUUUUUUGCUACGUAUAUACAGGUUGACAACUGGUUAUUAUUAUUAUUAUUAUUAUUAUUAUUAUUAUUAAAUGAUUGUUUGUUUGCUAUAUUUUAUAAAUUACGUCUCUUGUUCACAAUUGAUUAUGUUUAUAGAACUUGUACAGCUGAUACAAUGGAGUUCACCUGCAUACACAUUAACUGAUAAUCCUUUAACGGACAUACAGAAAGUUCCAAAUGAUAUAAUAUAUAUUUAUAUGCCCACAAAUGUAUAAAAUGUUUUGCAUUUAGUAUAAUUUACUUUUUUUUAUGUAGAUAUAUGUUGUUUUAAUUCCACUGUAAACUUUACACUUAACAAUAGAACAUAAACGAAUAAUUAGCAUCAAUCUUAUAUGGUUUUGUUUGUAAUUUUCCAUGUGGGGUAAAAGGUAAUGCUUUAUGUUUUUAUCUAAAUAUUGUUUCUUUAUGAACAGAAAAUAAAAUCCUGUUUACUUUUGGUUCA